AUGCCUAGGAAGCGCUUUCAGGCGCCAGAACCCAAAACAGGUGUACAACAUGCCCAGGAUUUCCUGAGGAAAAUAGGGCUGGGGAAGGAGAACUACUACUUCUGGAAGCAGAUCGGAAAGGCUUUGGUUUGCACGUAUGCAGUGAUUGGGGCAGUGUGGUUGUACAACGAGACAUCGCCACUGGGUUGGUGGACACUGAAGCCAAAGCCAAAGGAAGAGAAGGAGCUGGCUCAUUUGUACGAGCGGAGGAUGUUUCCUUACCCGGGUGAUGAAGAGGCAAUGCAGGAGUUCAUUGCCAAGGGUGGAAUGAUUGGGACAAGCAUUGGUCCCAAAGGGACUGUUGAGGGUGAUAAGGAUGAGAGUGACUACAAGAAGGAGCUGAAGGACAAAAAGUUUGAGCAGGAGGUUCAGAAACUGUGGAUGAGGAUGAGGAAUGAGGUCGUUGCUGAGUUUCAGGAGAAGGGGUUCGAUGUGAAUGAAUGA